AUGAUGAAAUCAAUCAAGAAACUGUUCUCCCGCAAGAAGAAUUCUCACAAGAGCAUUGAUACCGCCUCAAGUGCGGGGGGUUGCGAUACAAGUGCAUCCGAAGAACAAGGUCGAUGUGAGACUGCCAACGAGAAGGUUGUGAGAGCGUAUGUGCAAAAAUUGAAUGACCAUGACAUGGAUGGGGCCAGGGAGCUCGUGGCUGAUGGCUGCAGGUGUAUCUUCACCAAGGCGGACAAUAUGGAGCUGGGAUUUAAUGAAAUGGCAGCGGAAGUUGCUAAUAUGUUUGAUGCCUUUCCAGAUUUCAACUUUCGAUAUGAUUCUUCCAUCGACGAACGUAGAAGUGAUGGAGUGGUGAUUUGGAGCGACUUUGUACCCAAUGGUCAUCACACCGGCAAACCAUAUGGGUUUGGACCGUGUCCUGCCAUUGAAGCAUCUGGCAAAUACGUGGAAAACUCACCGGAGACUCUUUACUUCCACGUGAAUGAACAAGGAAAGAUCUGCAAAUUGGUUGCAGAGUGUGAAGGAGAAAUGGCAGGCCCACCAGGAAUCUAUACUCAAAUUGGUGGUUUUCCUCUCAUGUAA